UGUAUUCUCCUACAUGCCUUUGCUAAAAAAAAAUCCCAAUACGUGUAAAUUAAUUGGUGUACAUGAAAGUUAUAGCGUCUACAAAUGGCGGUAUAUAUACUGGAUUUUUUUUUUCAUACUAGUAAUGGUGGGCAUUCUGACAUGGGGGGGGAAACUGACCGUCACUGACAUCACCAAUACAGUGAUCAGUGCUAAUGAGUCCUCCAGUGUUAUCAAAACGCCCAGUGUGCAUGGAGCCUCAGAAGCACUGACAGGUUACCAAUGACACUGGGCAGGAAGUGGUUAACAUCUGGGG